AUGCCACGAGCCAAUCUCCGAAAACCUCGGCCGAGAUAUGUGGCCAUGAGUGGACGAGGCUCAGCCGGCCUGCUUGGGUGCCUCAGCGCGCAGGCAGCCCAUGAUGCACGCAGCGCUCAGUGGUGGCACGCUUUGCUGAGAUGGCCAAAAGUGGUCGCUGAGACCAACAACAGCCGGGGGUGUCAUAGUCGUCGCCCACAACGAAGAAACUUGAACCAAGAGCUUAUUCACCAACUGUUCACUGAUAGAGAUGCAACAACCAUUCUAAGUAUCAAAGACUUAGACGCCUCCAAACCUGACAGAUUGAUAUGGGCACAUGGUCCUAAAGGCAAUUCACAGUUUCCUCCACAUAUAACUCUUUGUUGA